GGAGGAGGGGCACUUGGAGCAGCGCGCGGCGGGGACCGUAGACACGCGCUCCCCGUAGCCUUUACCUACCAGUCAAUCUAUCCGUGUAGAUGUUCCCGCGGGACAUUACUUAAAUCUGUCAGGAGUGGAGCUGCCAACCUCACCACUCCAUUACAUCCCGGUGGGAUCACCGAUGACCUUUGUUGCUGCCCUCACCAGCUCCUGUUUUCCCCCUGCUUUUCCUCUUUAUUCCUCUCCUCCCCUUUCUUAAACUCUCCUCCCUUCCUCCUCUGUGUCUCCCAGCCCCAGGCUUAUUACUCAAACCCACUGAAGGGAGCGACACAGUAGCUGGCAAAGGAUGAAGCGGGUCUGUCUGCCAACACCAGACAGAGGAUAGAAGAUACAAAAGGACUGGUGAAGGGGAUAGAGACAGAGAGGACGACUAGGGAAGAGAGCUACAACGAAGCUGUGCAAGAAGCAAUAACAACAUUCAAGAUGCCACGCCGAAGGAAAAGUUUCACCUGAGCGUCAUGAGCUAGCAAGGGGCCCCUAACAGAUCUAGAACUGUGGACUUUUUGUUAAGAAACUUCUGACACACACACACACACACACACACACACACACACACAUACAAAAGUUGUGGAGACACCCUCCUGCUCUCGGGGGCUCCUUGUUAACACCUGAUAUGCCUCUGUAAGAAGUGUGAGCCAUGCCAGCCAAGGGGAAGUACCUGUUGAAAAACCAGGAGCUGAAAAAUGAGGCGCUAUACCGUAAAUUCUCUUGCAACAGCCAGUAUCAGCCACUGGUGCUCCUGCUGGGCCUCUCCAUGCUCUCCUGUGGAAUCCUCCUCAUCCUCUUCUUUGCCCUUCGACUGAGCGCAGAGAAACACUGUGCCUUUGUGAGUGUGGUGAGCGGCAGCCUGUUUGUGUUUCUAGCCGUGUUCGUGCUGGUUUGUACGGAGAUGCUCUCACAGCGAUGGAGGCGUCUCCUGGGCCUGAUUGUAUGGGCCACACACCUCACCAUGGGCCACACCUUCAUCUUCAGCGGCCCCAUCAUCCUGCCUUGGGACCAGGUGCCUUUCUUCCUCUUCAUCAUCUUCACAGUGUACACCAUGCUGCCAUUCCAGUUGUGGUACGCUGUGGUGCUGAGCGUCAUCUCUUCACUGUCCCACAUCGUGGUUCUCGCACUGUACCUCACCAUUUACGACACUAAGCCCAUUUACGACAAUAAGUCCAUCGCUUACCAGCUGCUGUCCAAUGCAGUGGUGUUUCUGUGUGGCAUUGUGGUGGGAGCCUUCCAUAAGUUCCUGAUGGAGAAAACCCUAAGGCAGACCUUUCAAGACACCUUGAGGUGCCUGAGCAUGCGGAUGAAGCUGGAGAUAGAAAAAAGACAACAGGAGAACCUGCUGCAGUCUGUGCUACCAGUCUACAUCUCCAUGAAGAUGAAGCUUACAAUCAUGGAACGCUUGCGAGACUGUAAAGACAAAGAAGAACAACAGCGACUGGUCAAAGAUAACAACUUCCACAGUCUUUAUGUCAAGAGGCACGAGAACGUCAGUAUUCUAUAUGCUGACAUCGUUGGCUUCACCCGAUUGGCCAGUGACUGUUCUCCAAAAGAGCUUGUCAUUAUGCUCAAUGAAUUGUUUGGAAAAUUUGACCAAAUUGCCAAGGAAAACGAAUGCAUGAGAAUCAAGAUUCUUGGAGAUUGCUACUACUGUGUGUCAGGGCUGCCAGUCUCUCUGCCUAAACAUGCCAAGAACUGUGUCAAAAUGGGCCUGGACAUGUGUGAAGCCAUCAAACAGGUACGGGAGGCCACAAGAGUGGAUAUCAACAUGAGAGUGGGCGUGCACUCAGGCAACGUGCUCUGCGGUGUCAUUGGCCUUCGUAAGUGGCAGUUUGACGUGUGGUCACAUGAUGUCACGCUGGCCAAUCAUAUGGAGUCCGGAGGCCUUCCAGGACGUGUCCACAUCACAGAGGCAACUCUGAAGCACCUGAACAAGGCUUAUGAAGUAGAAGACGGGAAUGGCCACCUUAGGGACCCUUACCUAAAAGAGCUCAACAUCCAAACCUACCUGGUCAUUGAUCCACGGUCUAAGGACCCAUCAUUGAACAGCCGUAGUGCGCCUAAACCUCGGGUGAAUGAUGGUCUGAAGAUGAGGGCGUCCGUGCGUAUGACCCGUUACCUGGAAUCUUGGGGGGCCGUCAAACCUUUUGCCCACCUUCAGAACCGAGAGGGCUUCACCCCAGACGCUAUUGUCAAUGGCAAGCCACGCUGCAAGGACAUCCCUCUACGACCAGUCCCCGGCAAGUUCCCUGAGAGCUUUGAUGAGUCUCUAGAAGAACCGUUCUCCUUGCCUUCCCCCCCGUUCAGCAGCUAUAAGAACAAAUCCCAGAAGAGUAAGUUUGAUGAGGAGCUACACAACGAGAUGACUACUACCAUAGAUGAGCUCAGCAGCAAGCAGUGGUCUAAGUCUGAAGAGAGUGGCAGUUUAGCUCUGUGGUUUCCAAAGAAAGAUCUGGAAAAACAGUACCGAGCCCUGGACUUGCCGAUGUUUAAACACUAUGUUGGCUGCGCCACCUUCAUCUUCCUCUGCAUCUUUUUGGUUCAGAUGUUUGUCACAAAGAAUCUACAGAUGUUGGGGAUUUCAUUUGGAGUGAUGGUCUGUGUGCUGCUGCUGACCCUGGCCAUCUGUUUCGCAGGUGACUUCCAGCGCCUGUUUCCAGAGAAGCUAUCGAGGUGCCAGUGGCUGCCAGCUGUGUCGGAGGCGGUGGUAAAGCGGCCAUGCGUUCGCCUCCCUCUGGCCACCAUCACUACUACGGUCAUCAUUAUCUUGGCAGUGUUCGACCUGUGCUUCAUCCAGACAACUGUGCCAGAAUGUCCCACCAAUAAUACUCAGACAAAUGAUUCCCAUGAGCUGGGAUUCUACCUGCCUUAUUCUGUGUACUGCUGUAUCCUAUCGCUCAUUGCAUGUGGAGUCUUCCUCCGGGUGAGCUUUGAGCUCAAAGUGUUCUUCCUCGCCCUGGCCUCAACAGCAUACUACAUCAUCAUCCUCAGCACCCACAGGAACCUCUUUGAGGUCUACGGAAACUUCCUCUACGCUCAGCAGCACAACAACAACAGCAGCAAUUGCAGCAGUACAGAUCACACCUUGGGAUGGUUAGGGCUGGUGAAACACCCCCAGGUGAUGAGCUGCAUAUAUAUCACCCUGUUCCUGGUCACUAUGCUCAUCAUCGCACAACAGAUUGAGACCUGCUUCCGCCAGGACUUCCUGCUAAAGUACAAGAACCGCACAGAGCAGGACGAGAUCGAGACCAGAGAGAACCUGAACCGCCUGCUGCUGGAGAACGUGCUGCCGGCCCACGUGGCAGCGCUGUUUGUCGGGGAGAAUAAGAAAAAUGAGGACCUCUACUACAAGUCCUAUGACUGUGUCUGUGUGAUGUUUGCCUCGGUGCCGGAUUUCAAAGAAUUUUACACUGAGUGUGACAUCAACAAGGAGGGCCUGGAAUGUCUGAGGCUCCUGAACGAGAUCAUCGCUGACUUUGACGAGCUGCUGUCCAAACCAAAGUUCAGCGGUGUGGAGAAGAUCAAGACAAUCGGCAGCACGUACAUGGCUGCUGCAGGGCUUAGUGGGACGCCUGGUCAGGAGAACAAUCAGGACAAAGAGAGGCAGCAGGCCCAGAUAGGGAACAUGGUGGAGUUUGCCGUCGCUCUGAUUGGCAAAUUGGACGGCAUCAACAGACAUUCCUUCAAUAGCUUCAGGCUUCGUGUGGGUAUUAAUCAUGGCCCAGUGAUAGCCGGAGUGAUCGGGGCGAGGAAACCUCAGUAUGACAUCUGGGGCAACACGGUGAACGUAGCCAGCAGAAUGGAGAGCACCGGGGAGCUGGGAAAGAUCCAGGUGACGGAGGAAACCACCGACGUGCUGCAGAAGCUGGGCUACUCGUGCGAGUGUCGAGGAUUCAUCAACGUCAAGGGCAAAGGGGAGCUGAAAACCUUCUUUGUGUGCACCGACAUGAGCAAGCAGCAAGGCAUGGGGCUGAGCUGAGGCCAGGCCGCCACCGCCAACACAACCAGAGACAGACUCGGGCAAACACGAGCAAAGAGUUGGAGUCCUGCGAGUGUUGAGACAGAACGGACUGUGACACAGCUGUGUUCCUGUGAUGUUAAUACAUGAAAUGACCGAGGCGCAUUAAGGACUGUGUGACGAUGCGACUCUGAAUCAACUGUUGAACGGAUUAGGAUUCGGCAGUCACUGUGUAGAUGGUCAGUACCUACAAUCGCAAUCUUUUUCUACAUACAUUUAUGUCCAGUGAUCACUUUUGUACUUUGUUUUUAACUUAGAUGUUGUUUGCAAUAGAAGAAAAAAAGAAGUGUAUUGUACUAAUGCCCUACACAGUUGUGUAAUUUUUUUGAAGACCUCUCCGGUCCUUUAAAAACAAAUCAAUGGAUUCUGUUUGGAUCAUUAAUUUGAAACCCAUCUGGUUUUUCUGUUUUGAGAUGUGAUGGACACUGCUCUGUUACUGUGUAAUGAGCAUGACAUCUGUGAGGCUGUUAGGCAGGGCUGUUUCAAUAACAGAAACGGGAUGAACACAGAAGAUAAAGAUAUAUAUAAAAUUACUUUUCCUGCUCCUUUCUUUUGGACAUAUUCAAAGUAGUACGUUUCACUUUCUGGCCAAUCUGUAAAUCCUAACGUUAAUGUAUCAACACGUUUUCUCUUUAUGGGAACUUCUCUUAGCUUCCAGCUGUGUAGUUUGGCCGACUGUUUAAUUUUACAUAUGACAAGAUAUUUUCUGCAUUUCAACAGGAAAUACACAAAUCCAUGUGCAUCAUCUGUUAAAGUGUUUAUUCUGCAUAUAUGCUGGGAAACCUUGGUCCUUGGUGUCGAGUCUGUGUGGUCUAACAACCUGCCUGCUGUGAAUGUUUGUCUGGCUCCAGCUCAAUCACCUGAACUGAUGUCAGUGGCUCUGUGCGUCUCUGAAAACUUGAUUUGUCUUGUGGCCUUACCUUUCGAGACCAUCUUUUCUGUAGUUGUGGUUGCAUAAUCAUAAUAAUAAUAAUAAUAAUAAUAAUGUAUUGGCCUUCAUGUGAACAAAUGUGACAUUGAAUUUUGUACAGUUACAGAAUGUAAUAAAUGUUUUCCUAAGUCUGCA